CAAACACCUUCUUUGUCUAUAUACUACUAUUCGUAUCUAAGUUAGAGCGCUUUACUGUAAAGUGCCGUGUGUGUUUGACCAUGCAGGAGGAUAACGUUGCUUAGCUAGCUGGGUCCCUUGCUAGAAAGCUACGCGAUAGCAUAGCUAACCUCACUCUGCGGUACAACCUCGAGACAAGUCGGGACAAGACCAGUCUCAGGGCUCACCAUACUCAAUGAGCGGACAGCGCAAUGUCAGAGCGCUCUGGGCAAACUGCAAAGGGGAAGGAAGGCAAAACCAAGUAUGCGUCUCUCAACCUGUUUGAUACAUACAAAGGAAAGAGCCUUGAAACACAAAAGCCUGUUGUUCCCCCCCGCCAUGGCCUGCAGUCUCUUGGUAAAGUUGCCUCCGCAAGGCGUAUGCCACCCCCUGCCAACCUGCCCAGUCUGAAGGCAGAGAACAAAGGCAACGACCCAAACGUCUCGCUCGUUCCCAAAGACGGCACAGGAUGGGCAAGCAAACAGGAACCAGCAGACCCAAAGAGUACCGAUGCAUUGUCAGCACCGCAGCCGGAAUCGCAGCAGCCUGUGGCUUCACAGAUACCUGCACCGACCCGCCCGAGAACCCCGCCAGCUUCAGAGGUACCAACAGCCACAGCUCUGGCCCCAGCUUCAACCCAGGCCGUAGGGGCAAGGUCCUGGGCACAGGCCAGUGUUACACAUGGAACACAAGGGGAUGGUGGAAAGGGAUCAAACCUACCGUCGCCAUUCUCUCGCGAGGAAUUUCCCACCCUGCAGGCGGCUGGCGACCAGGACAAAGCUGGCAGAGAACAGGGCACUGCAGAUCAGUGGUAUGGGCCCGGACCAAGCCUCCGCCCCCAGAACGUUACAAGUUGGCGGGACGGUGGGGGCCGAGCCCUGGCGCCCACCCUGUCUGGGGAGGGGGCAGCGGAGGGUGGCACUGGUGGGACUAUGGUGAUGGAUGGGGCAGCUGGGGUCCCCCCUCCAAACUCCCAGACCCACGGGCCACCUAGAAACCCUCCUGCAGGCGGCACCGCCUUGCCUCUGCCCCAGCCCCCUGUGGGUCCUGGGUUCCCCCAAUACCGAGGGAUCAUGCCUCCAUUCAUGUAUCCUCCCUAUCUGCCCUUCCCGGGCCCCUAUGGCCCUCAAGGGCCCUACAGGUACCCGCCACCUGGGGAAGGGCCUGCUCCAAGGUUCUCUCGUGGCCAGGGUGGUCCUGACAGCAGGCCUCAGGGUGGCCCACGUGAUGCAGGUGGAGAGGUGGUGAAAAGACCCUCUAUCCUAAAGCAGGACGACCUAAAGGAGCUAGACGAGCUGGACCACGACGGAGACGAGGGCUGGGCAGGGGCUCAUGAGGAGAUUGAUUAUUCCGCCAAGUUGAAGUUCAGUGAUGAUGAAGGAGAGGAAGAGGUGGAAGAGGAGCGAGCCGAGAGCAUAAAUGACUCACGUGAGCAGCAGAGGUCCCAGGAUGCCCCACCUGCAACCUCUCGUUCUCGAGCCUCGGACAGCGGUGGAGACACCCGCCGCACCCCUCCCUCUAAUGCUGACAAUGGCCCCCAACCUCCCUCCAGCAAGCCAGGAUGGGCCGAGGAGGGAGGCAGUGGUUGGAGCGGACAGGGAGCAUCAUCAAACUACCAGGACCGGCCACACAACCAGGCUGCCUCGCUAGGCCCUGGAAAACCUGGCUCCACCCAGCAUCAGCCAGCAGCUGGAGGCCCUACCCCUGCUUCCCAACCGGGCGUGCUGGUCCAUGGGACCCAGGGGGCCCAGGGGGAUGACGAGGAUGAGACUUGGCGUCAGCGCAGGAAGCAGUCCUCCACUGAGAUCUCUGCUGCUGUGGAGCGAGCCCGUCGCCGCCGUGAGGAGGAAGAACGUAGGAUGGAGGAGGAGAGACGUGCAGCCUGUGCUGAGAAGCUAAAGAGGCUGGAUGAGAAGCAGCAACAGCAGCAAGGCAGCAACACAGGAGGGGGUGGUAGCAGCAGUAAAAGCCCCAGCCUUGAUGGAAACUCUACAGCUGCCACAGCAGGCAGUCCGAGUCCAUCUAUUUCAGCCUCUGCCUCCUCCCCAAACAUCAGCCAGCCCCCAUCUCCCUGUGUGGAUCCGGAGGAGCCUCCAGUGCUGGUUGUCCAGCCAGGGCCCAGUCCUGGAGUCAGUGAUAGACAGCGAGCCAGCAGCAACAGCAGCUAUGACUCCAGUGCAGAUGCCCAACAGUGUCCUCAGCCAGCUGUGUCACAGCCACAACAGCCCACGCUGGACAUACCUUUACCGGUAGAGAGUAAGGAAGAGACCAUGGGUGGUCCUCACAUUCGUGCAGGAAGUGGAAAUGAAAGAGGAGUUGAGCCAGUGAAGAUUGAGAAUAUCGGAGGAGCAGCAGGUCGUCAAGUCAGUGGUCCUCCUGGUCAGGGUUACUCAAAGUACCAGAAAUCUCUUCCACCUCGCUUUCAGAGGCAGCAGCAGGAGCAGCUCCUGAAGCAGCAGCAGCAGUGGCAGCAGCAACAGCAGCAGCAGCACAGUCAGGCAUCACAAAGCCAGCUGUCCCCACAGCCCCAGCCCCCACAGGGUCCUUCACCAGGUUCAACACCCCAGCCUGGACCAGGACCCAAGCAGGGUGGGCCCCUGUAUCAGCCCAGCAAUAUGGUUCGACCUCCACCCCUGCCAAUGAAUUUUGACCCUCGCUGGAUGAUGAUGCCCUACAUGGACCCUCGCAUGAUGCAGGGCCGCCCUCCACCCAUGGACUACUAUUCAGCUGGCAUGCACCCGUCUGGGCUCAUUGGGCGUGAGCGAUCUGAUUCUGGGGGAUCUGGUUCAGACCCCUUUGACAGGCAGCAGCAGCAGCAGCAGCAUCCAGGGCACCCUCACCGUGGGACCCCCCCUAUGGAUCCAAAGCUGGCCUGGGGGCCGGAGGUAUUCCCUGGCGGAGGGGAGGGACGUGGGCUUACUUCCCCACUGAGGCAGAAGCAGGCAUUGGAGGAUGAUGAUGUGGCCAAAGGGCCCAGGAGUGAUACUCCUCCACACCGCAUACGAGAGGGUGGAUUGGGACCCAUCCAGCAGCCCAGCUCCAGCUCUGGGACAUCCAAUCAGACCCCUCCUCCUGUUGGUGCUCAAGUCGGGGCCCAGGGAGGAAGCCACCACCCUCAUCACUACAUGGGUGGGCGGGGCAACUACAGCAACUUCCCUGACCAGGGUGCGAGGAUGCCCCCCCAUCAGCAGCAGCAGAGGGCAAGUGAGAGGGGAAACCAGCCACAUAGCUUCAGCCACCAGGAUGAAGGGCAGCCCCGAGGAUCUCAGCAGGGCCAGAUAUGGGGAGCCCCGCACCCACACUACGAUCGCAACGGUCGUGCAGACCUUCCCCCCGUUGAGAGCAACUCUCACCUCCACCACCAUCACAGCCACCACCCUCAACAGCCUCACUUCCCUCUCCACCCCCAUAAGCCAGAGAACAACCGUGACAGGGUUGUUGAGGCUCCUGCUAAGAAGACCGAUUCCUCCCCCCCUCUCCACCAACCUUCCCUCUCCUCUUCCUGCUCUUCCUCUUCCUCCUCUUCUUCUGCGAGGGAAGAUGGGAGUGUCAAAGUUGCCCUGCAUCAUCACCCAUCUCAGAGAGAGGGUGAAGCUGGUAUCGGGCACAGUCUUGGUGAAAGAGGCAACAGUGGUAAUGCCAGCGGUAGCAGUCAUGUGAAACAGGAGAAAACAGGCCCAGGAUAUGCUCCCCAUUCCUCCAUGACCUCUAGCCCACCUCCCUCUCAACAUGGCAGUCAUACUCAGCCGCAGCAGCAGCAGCAGCAUCCCCAUCCUAAAUCAAACCAAAGAGGGGGGCGGGAACAUAAGACAGAAACCCAGUGGGGCCCACGGCCUGGCAGCAGCAGUAUGAGUGGGGGGUCCUCUCAUGGCAGGAGGGCCAACAAUACAGGAGGUGGGAACAACUGCCGUGGAGGGGAAGACUCCUCCAACAUUUCAUCGGACCACAAAUCCUCCAACCAGACAGGAGGCAGCAAUGCCAACAAGAGGGCUGGCCCCAUCAAGAAGCCAGUGCUGAAAGAGAUGAAGAGAGAGGGUGGGGAAGUUGAUGGAGGAGAAAAAACAAACACAGGCUUUGGGAAAGAGAAAGAGCAAGAUGGUGGACAACCAGCCUCCAUGAAGCAGGAAGGCUCCUCCAUCUCCCAGAACACAUCAACUACAUCUAAAGAUGAGCCUGCCCAGACAGCCAAACCCAGAAAUGGAGGAAAAGAACGAUCCUCAGGAGGAGGUGGGGCAGGGUCAGGUAGAGGGCCCAAAGAUGUAGACACCACGUCCUCAGGAUUUUCAGGGUCCUCUAGAAGGGACAGAGACCGCUCCUUUGAAAGAGGAGGCGGCACCUCCCACCACCAUGGAGUCCCUGCCAAAGGCAGCAGAGCCAGUCGCGGACGAGGGGGAGAGUUCUACGGGCGUGGGCGUGGUUACCGGGGCACCUACACAUCCAGCGCUGGGCCCACUGGUGGCAGUCGGGGCAGAAUGGGUGGCAGGAGUGGCAGAGACUACCGAUCAUCUGUAGGUGGUGGUGGUGGCCACCACCAGGAGUCUAAAGGUGAGGGGACUGGUGGCAGGCAUGGUCAGGAUCGGUCCCAGCAUAACCCAGCCAGGGCCAGGAACCGAAGUGAAACCCGCAGUGAGGGUUCAGAGUAUGAGGAAAUCCCCAAGAGACGGAGGGAGAGAGGUUCAGAGACUGGCAGUGAGAGUGGUGCAAGUGACCUUGGUCACUCAGACAAGGAAGACAACCAGAAAUCCAACACCAAGAAUGGCUCUGAUAAUGCCAACACCACUGGCACCAUGUCAUCUGCACCACCCAGAGGUUCCCAGGCCCGGGUCUUCACCCCCAGGGGUGUGCCCUCUAGGAGGGGCAGGGGUGGAGGUAGUGGAGGCGGAAAUAUCUACAGGAGUAGUGGGAAUGUUGGAGGAAUACCAGGGGGACACCGGGCUGGACCCAGCUCAGGCUCCCAUGGUGGGUCUUCCAAGUCAUCAGCCUCAUCCCGGAAACAGCAAGGCCCACCACAAACCUCUGGGCCCAAAGACCUGGGCCGAGGAGGAAAUGGUGGCGAGAAAAAGGACAAGAUAGCUGAUGCAAGCCAAGUGCAAACUCAGGGGACCAAUCCCCCUCAGCCAUCUUUACCUGCCACAACUCCUGCUACUCUAAGUUCCACUGAAAAUGGAGGGGUUGUGACCCAGCAAGCUUCAACCAACCCUACGUCAAACUCUGGAGGGCCGAAUGCGCUCCCUCUUCCUGCUAACCGUGGGUUCCCUCCCAGUGGAUUUGAGCGACCCCCUAGACGUCGCCGUCACGGGCGUUCCCAGCACCAACAGGACAAGCCGCCCCGCUUCCGGAGAUUGAAGGAGCGAGAGAAUGCUGCGCGAAUCAACGGAGGGGUCGGGGUCAUUGGGGGAGGAAGACCCUCCUCUCCUUCCCUGAAUUCAGUUCAGGACAGUAACGGAGCCCCCAUCUCUGCUCCCAUGACGGGCAAUGGCCAAAAUGCUAAUCACAACGCCACACUAACCACCAACAAUAACAGUGGAGGAGGGCAUAAUGCAAACAGUCACCACCAUCACCACUACAACCAGGGCAAUGCUGGGCCAACCCACCCGCAGCACCACCACAGCCAUGGAGCAAAGUCCCCUGAUUUCACCAACCAGAACUCAGACCAGGCCAACGAGGAGUGGGAGACUGCCUCCGAGAGCAGCGACUUCACAGAGUUCAGAGACAGGGAGGGAGGAGGAGGGAAGUCAUAUUCUUCUCACCAUCACCACCACCUGGGAAGGGGUGGCGGGGGCAGCGGAGGUGGAGGUGUCGUCGAGCGGGAAAUGACGGGAAAAGAGCCCUCAGCAAAUAAGAGAAGCUUCUCAAGCCAGCGUCCUGGCAUGGAGCGACAGAACCGGAGGGUCAACGCUGGAGGAGCUGGAGGCGGAGGGGGAGGCAGAGGCCCACGUGGCCCACCUGGUGGUGGCUCUGGUGGGCCUGGUAACGGAGGUGGCAACCGUGGGGAGAAGCGUGGCAACUGGCCCUCUCCAAAAAAUAGGAAAUGAUGGAAUAAAUCGAAACAUUUCAGAUGUACCCCACCCACAUUAAAACCCACCCUCUUACAUCUUAAUCCCUUUUGAUCAUUAUUUCAUGGCUUAUCUAUUGGCAUCCUUAAACAUAUUAGUGCAUUGUACAGUAUAUGGAGAUGGUAUUCACAUUCACUUUAGCUGCCCCCCCCACCCCCUCACCUCACCUCUAUCCCUUUUGCAUCAAUCAACUAUCUACCGUCCGUUAUUGUAAAUUUCUCCAUUUGUUCCGUCUUGCUCUCCGUUCAGUUGUGCCCCCCCCCCUCCACCCCAAAUUUUACCAUUUUACCUGCCCUUAAGAGUCUCACCCCAGUUGGAUUUGACAAGCAUGUGGUUCUGAAAUGGAGGUGCACGUCGUUUUGACAGAAGACAUUCACACAGAUCUCCACACACACCCGCAUAUACAAGCACAAAUAUGACAUCUUUAAAAACACAUGGAACACAUGCAGUCAUGUGGGUGCAAAAACAAAAUGUGGGAUUAAAUUGGCAAAAAUGUUUGGAUUGGGCUAAUUUUUAUAUUUAUGUACCUGUGUGUAUUUCUACCACACUUUGGCCUUGGGUGGUAUUCAGUAGUGCAGUUCUGCAUUACUUCCCUCACAAAGGGAAAGAGUGCAGCUUCAUCUGUUAACGAGAACAAUGUACCAUAAGAUGUUUUGUUUCUGUCUUUUGGCCUCGUGUCAGUUGAGUUUCAACCUCUGACAAAUUGUAGGGGUGUGUGCUUUUUCUUCUACAAAGCAGGUCAUUAAAAUACCUUUUUACUAAAUUCCCCAAUUACCCCUUUCGCUGACUUUUUGGUCUCCUGCAAAGUAUGUCUGAUUACUGUGAUAAGACCCAUUGAAGUACUACUGCUCAGUGCUCACCUACACUUGCAUUGAUUUGUCUUUAAUAUCAAUGUCUCUGCUGCUUGUUCAGAUAGACGGUGUGAUUUUUUUUUUUUUUUCUUUUCCCAAGUUGUUGACCUGCUCUGACAUUUCAUUAGCUGUUAUUGGUCGGUCCUUUUUAGGAAAUACAGGCUUUUUUGAGCCUCAUCGUAGCAUCCUCUUCACCUGCAGAAUUUCUGCACAUUGCAAAAAUCAAAGUUUCCCCAAGGACAGUAGUUUUACUUUUUUUCAUUCAUGAGUUUUGUUUACCCUAUGAAGACUGUAUUAAUAGCGUGAUGGCUUUACUUUAACAACCAUUAUUUCCUCAGUAACUUCCAUUUUUAUGGAAACACUUUUUUUCUCCCUCAAGGUGAAAUAUCUGUCGAUCUUGUAAGGGGAAAACGAGUUAAAUAAAAAUGUAGGUCAUGAUAGAAUAAAGACAAAAAUGGUUGACUUUCAUAAAAUUGUUUAUGCUUCAGUAGAUAAUUGAACAUGUUCUAAUAAGCACUCCUUUAGUAUAACAAAAGUCCAUGGUUGCUGUUUUUUUCCUCUUCUUUGUGUUAAUGUUUUUGGGCAAGUUACAUGUGAUGCAACAGGACAGGUACUCUGUCUGGGCCCAGAGUACAGAGCUAAGCUGAGUAUUGUACUAUUACACCCCCCUCUGCUCGUGCUGCGAUGCACUCUCUCUGUGCUUUAGUGGAGACUCCUCACACCAAGGAGGACUACUACCAAGAGCUCCUUGUCUGAGGAAGUAUUUUUCAAAGUACGUGUUCUCAGGAUGGCUGUUUUCAGUACACGAUGGCAACCAGUAGCUCAGACUAAUUGAAUUAAGGACAAUGCUGAAAGGGUGACAAAGUGUCACGCAAGUCGCCUUUCUGCAGUUCACCACACGGUUUUCCAAGAAAUAAUGCUGACCUGGAGUGUUGGGGAAAUAUUGGAUUGAUGUAGGAUUACACUUGUAAACAUAGUUUGCAUCACACAUAAAAGACAUAAAAUGGCAAAAUGACCGGAGACAGCAUCCAAGGUGAACUAAAAUGAUAUUCUCAUCUGUAUCAAUUCUGUCACUGCUGUAAGUUGGGGUUUGUUUGUUUAUUGACAACAGUUUGGAGAUUGUCUCUGGGAUGUUGUGAGUAGGGCAUUUGAUGAUUUGUGUAUGUGUGUGCGCGUGUCUGUGUGUAUGUGUGUGGCAUGUGUGCGUUUUCCGGUGUCUCUGUAAUUACUCGGGAAGGGGUGGGGACCAGAGGGUUAACAUGAAUGGCAAGCACUUUCUGCCUUGUUUGCCCACACUUUAUUUAACCAAUAUUAUUAAGACAGUUCUGCUGUUUCUUAAAUACAUCCACAUAUAUACAUUCAGCUGUGUGUAUAUGUUCAUUAUAUAAAUGAAGGACAUGCAGUGGAGAACUUCACCAGUUUUUUGUGUAAUUUAAGCAUACAUUCUUCAGCAGGCAAGUGAAGUUGGACAUAUUUUAAUUUUCACUAUGACUUGUUCUAAGCAUGAACACACACCCAUGGGUGCAGCUUGCCUUGCUUGUUGCUGGUUUAUACAUUGAUAGCUGUACACUUAACACUGGCUCAAAGAGUCCUUCAUCCCUCCUUAACUCUUAAUGUUGAUGUGCGCAUUAUUGUAUGUACCCAUGUUACAAGAAAACAAAAGUAGUGUAUUCCAGAAAAAUUACUCAAAGAUUGUACUUUGUUUCCAGCAUUACCAAGGUACCUGGAGUGGUUCAAACUGUUUUUAGCAUUUAUGGUUUUAUUAAUGGAACCGUAAUAUACACACAUGUAUGUAUAUUGGUAUGUAUCUAAGUUUUGUCUACCCCAACUUACAUUCCCACAAACAAAUGUUGCCAUUUUUAGUUCAAGGGAGCAAUGUACAAGCAGAGAAGUGUCUUAUUAUAAUAAAGUUAUACAGAGAAGGCAAAGUUAAAUAAACUACUUUUGAUUUAA